ACUAAUUUAUUUGUAUUUGGUUGAGUAUUUAAUUCCCAAUCUUGAUUUGGUUGUGGUUUUUCAAAACUUCUUUCCUAAAUUGCGCUUUCUUUUACUUCUUUUUCACUUGAUGAAGUCAUAUCAUAUAGUGGGUUCUUUUUCAGAUAUGAGAAAAUCACAUCUUUAAUACUCUUUGGCAAUUUCUUCAACUCUUUCUCUGUAAGAGGACGACACUUUGUUCCUUGACAUGGUUCUAUGGCUUUCUUCUGUUUGUCAAUUUUUAUCUGAAGAUUUCUCACAAAAAAAUUUCUACUCUUUUUAUAAUGGCGCACGGUUUGCUAGGUCGAAGUGAAAGGAUAAGCAUACCUAGCUGAAGAGAAGAAGAAGAAGAGAAUUAGGAUUAUUUAUUUUGCAAUUUUAGGUUAUAGAUUUUGUCAAAUAAGGAGAGAAGAUGUAUGGAGAUUGCCAAGUUAUGUCGAAUAUCGGAGGCAAUGUGGUCUCUACAGACACCUUGUUUUCUUCCGCGAUGGGAAACCCUAACUUCAACUUCAUGCCAAACAUGUCAUUCCAUUCUUUCCCUCCCAUCAUCCCUAAAGAAGAAAAUGGGUUAAUGAUGCGUGGGAAAGAUGAGAUGGAUAGUGGGUCUGGAAGUGAGCAACUUGAAGAGAAGUCAGGUAAUGAGCAAGAAAGCAGCGAGCAACCUCCAAAGAAGAAGCGUUACCAUAGGCACACUGCUCGUCAGAUCCAAGAAAUGGAAUCCUUGUUCAAGGAAUGUCCACACCCAGAUGACAAACAAAGGAUGAAACUUAGCCAAGAUCUUGGUUUAAAACCUCGCCAAGUUAAGUUCUGGUUCCAAAACCGCCGUACUCAAAUGAAGGCACAGCAAGAUCGAGCAGAUAAUAUUAUACUUAGGGCAGAGAAUGAGACCUUGAAGAGUGAUAAUUAUCGUUUACAAGCAGAAUUACGCAAUCUUAUCUGCCCCAGUUGCGGAGGGCCAGCCAUGCUUGGUGGGAUUUCCUUUGAGGAACUUCGACUUGAAAAUGCUCGACUUAGAGAUGAGUUAGAACGUGUUUGCUGUGUUGCAUCACGCUAUGGUGGUCGGCCAAUUCAAGCAAUUGGGCCUGCUCCUCCUUUUAUUCCCCCUUCAUUGGAGUUGGAUAUGAGCAUAUAUUCGAAGCUGUUUCCUGACUCACUGGGUACUUGCAAUGAGAUGAUGCCUAUGUCUAUGCCCAUGUUGCCAGACACUUCUUGCUUGACUGAGGCUGGUCUUGUCUUGAUGGAAGAGGAAAAAGCUCUUGCAAUGGAGUUUGCAUUGUCAUCCAUGGAUGAACUGGUGAAGAUGUGCCACACAACUGAGCCUCUUUGGAUUAGAAACAAUGAGAUUGGUAAGGAAGUGCUUAAUUUUGAAGAGCAUGAAAGGAGGUUUCGAUGGCCUUUGAAUCUCAAGCAGCAGAAUUCUAAUGAGUUAAGGUCUGAAGCUACACGAGACAGCGCUGUGGUUAUAAUGAAUAGCAUCACUUUGGUUGAUGCCUUCCUCGACGCUAAUAAAUGGAUGGAGCUGUUUCCGUCAAUUGUUGCUAUGGCAAGAACUGUUCAAAUUUUAACAUCGGGCGUCUCUGGUCCGAGUGGUUCUCUUCACCUGAUGCACGCAGAAUUGCAAGUUCUUUCUCCAUUGGUGCCUACUCGCGAGGCUUAUUUUCUUCGCUACUGCCAACAAAAUGUAGAGGAAGGAACUUGGGCAAUAGUUGAUUUUCCCAUUGAUAGCUUCCAUGAGGACAUUCAAGCUUCCUUUCCUUUGUACAGGAGAAGACCCUCUGGUUGUGUUAUUCAAGAUAUGCCCAAUGGGUACUCAAGGGUUACUUGGGUAGAACACGCAGAGACUGAGGAGAAGCCUGUGCAUCAAAUAUUUAGUCAUUUUGUGUAUAGUGGUAUGGCAUUUGGAGCUCAUCGCUGGUUAGGGGUAUUACAGCGACAGUGCGAGAGGGUUGCUAGCCUUAUGGCCAGAAAUAUCUCUGACCUAGGAGUGAUACCAUCUCCUGAAGCAAGGAAGAAUUUGAUGAGACUGGCGCAAAGAAUGAUCAGAACAUUUUGUAUGAAUAUCAGUACUUGUAGUGGGCAGUCAUGGACAGCUUUAUCUGACUCUUCUGACGACACUGUUAGAAUCACGACAAGGAAGAUCACUGAGCCUGGCCAGCCUAAUGGUGUAAUUCUGAGUGCAGUAUCCACUACUUGGCUGCCUUAUCCUCAUUACCAAGUCUUUGAUAUCUUGAGGGAUGAACGCCGCAGAUCUCAGCUGGAUGUUCUUUCAAAUGGGAAUGCCUUACACGAGGUUGCCCACAUUGCCAAUGGCUCUCAUCCAGGAAACUGCAUCUCUCUACUUCGCAUUAAUGUUGCAAGCAACUCUUCACAGCACGUAGAGCUGAUGCUACAGGAGAGUUGCACGGACCAAUCUGGUAGCCUUAUUGUGUACACCACAGUGAAUGUUGAUUCCAUUCAGCUGGCAAUGAGCGGCGAGGACCCAUCUUGCAUUCCUCUUCUUCCUCUGGGAUUCGUCAUAGUUCCUGUUGAAUCCAUUACUAGCACCAGCAAAGACACAGGCGGCAAUGAGGGGAACUCUAUUAAAUCUUCAGAAGAAAAUGGCAAUACUGGACACGGCUGUACUUCAGGCUGCCUACUUACGAUCGGGCUGCAAGUCCUUGCAAGCACAAUCCCAUCUGCCAAGCUCAAUCUCUCUACUGUCAACGCCAUUAACAACCAUUUACGCUCUACAGUCCACCAAAUUACUGCAGCUCUUGCCACAACUGCAACCACCACCACCUUCCCUGAAAAUGCUAAUGCUGUAAUAGGCUCAUGCUCUGAGCCUACUGCUGCAUCUGAGGAAUAGUGGUUUUUCCAACUGCAAAUUACCCAAAGUCUCACGUUCUCUUUCUCUUCCUAGGCUACUAUCAAACCUUAGCCUGGCCAAAAGGGCAUCUUCGUAAUUAAGACAUUAGAAAAGGAGAGAAAAAAUCUAGGGUUUGCAGUCGAGGCAAGAAGAAGAAUGGAGAGUUUGGAUAAUUGGUGGGGUAGAGAGAGCAAAUUAAUAAAAUAAGUAGUGGUAGCUGUAGCAGUAAAUUUGGUAAAUAAGAGGUUGGGUGGACAGUUGUUAGGUAUAUGGGAGUGAGAGAGAAGUGUAGUCCAUUAAUUAAAUGGCGAUGCAUGGAAAGAACGAUAAGUGUAAGGGUGUAAGCCAAAAAAACAAUAUAGUUUGAUAUUAAAAAGAAAUGUGAAGGCAAUAGAGGGAGUCAAGAGCGCACCAAGAUAUGUGACCCUUGCUUUGUGGAAAGGCCUCCUUCACCAUGUUAUGAUGAUGGCCUUCUAGCUGGGGCCUCACCAAUCAGCAAGGGUGGUGGUUCGGGUAUUGACUUCUGCUUGUCAGCCUUUUUUGUUCUGUUAAUUUAAUGCUUGUUUUUUGUUCGUCUUUA